GACAUCUCACUCCAGGGCCAAGGCGGAGGCGGCCGUGACGGCGGCGCAGAAAGCUCAGGAGGAAGCGCGGAUCGCCAGGAUCACUGCCAAAGAGUUUUCGCCUUCCUUCCAGCACAGAGAAAACGGGCUCGAAUGCCAGAGGCCGAAGCGGCAGAACUCGAGCGAUGACAUUGAGGUCCUCUCCACCGGGACGCCUCUCCAACAAGAGAGCCCCGAGCUGUACCGCAAAGGGACCACCCCGUCCGACCUGACGCCCGACGACAGCCCCCUGCAGAGCUACCCCAGCCCCUCCUCCACGCCGCCCCUGGGCCCUUCCUGCAGGAACAAGAGCGCCCACUUCUCCAGGCAGGUCUCGGUGGACGAAGAGAGGGGUGGGGAGAUCCAGAUGUUGCUGGAGGGGCGCGGUGGGGACUACCUGCGCCCCAACAGCUGGAGCGAAGAGAAGGUCGGCGGGGCGCGCGGCGUGAGAAGCGGAAAAAAAAACGGGCAGCUGGGGUCGGCCUCCGUCCCCGAAGACUACAGAGGCCGGAGCGGAGGACACAAACAUUCGGCCUCCAACCACAAGCAAAGAGAGAGGUGGACAGAUUCCCCAGCCACGGUUUCAUGGACUUCCCACCACAGGUCCCACAACCACAGCUCAGGGAGCUCCAAGCUGCUUGAGCUGGACGAGGAGAAGAUGAGCAAUUACGAGAUGGAGAUGAAGCCCCUCAUGAGGAUGGAUUCUUAUAUGCAAGAGGUUCACACCCAAAAAAGACACUAUAGCAAAGGGGGACCCUGCAGGAGCAUGGCUGACGACCACCGCGGGGAAGAACGGGGCUUCGGGGUUCAGAGACUGAGGUCUAAGUCCCAGAACAAAGAGAAUUUCAGGCCAGCUUCCUCUGCCGAGCCCACGGUGCAGAAACUGGAAAACCUGAGAUUCGGGGACAAAGCUGAACCCCGGCUACUAAGGUGGGACUUAACCUUCUCCCCGCCACAGAAAUCUUUACCUGUUGCACUAGAAUCAGAAGAGGACAGUGGGGAUGCGCUCAAAUCCAGUACGGGUUCAGCUCCCAUCCUGGUAGUCAUGGUGAUCUUACUAAAUAUUGGAGUCGCCAUUUUGUUUAUUAACUUUUUCAUCUAAUUCAAGACUGUCUCGUUUGCAAAAAUAACAGUUACAUGUAUGAAUGGGGGAAAAACAAAACAAAACAAACAAACAAACAAAAA